ACUAAACUUGUUGCACUCUUGUUUCUUAUUCUCAACUACAAUUUCUUCUCGCAUCCUUUUCUUUCCCUUUAACCCCCCCUUUCUUCCUUACACUUCUUUAUUCAACUAAAACGUAUAUAUUUCCUUUAAAGCCGUUGUACUCUAUACCUUUGAUAUAUGACGUUACUAGCUGACACAUCUGGAAGCGGAGGGAACACGAACUCUCCAUCUUGGUUAAAGCAGCGUACUAGCAUCUUCAAUAAAACUCCUGCCAAUGAUGAAUCAACAAAACCAAAAGUAGUUGACAAAGAAUUGGCUCGAUUAAAGAAUUUAGGAGCUGUUUCGUCUGUUUGGUCGAAUAAAUUUGUGCAAAAUGACAGUUCUCAUUUAGGAGGAGGUGCCCACACUCUGCCAAAAGCUCUUUCACCAAAAGUAAUUCAUCGUACGCGUGCAUUUUCCAAUGAAGAGAAUAGCCCUGCCAAAAAGUCACCAGUGGAACAUAUUGCAUCCGCUUUUCAACCUAUUCAGCAGCAACAACAACAACAACAAACUCCUCCUCUUCCACUGCCUCAACGUGGCAGUUCACGUCAUAAGAUGGAACACUAUCCUCCUCUUCAUCAGCAAGAUCAACUCGAUACGCCAAUUUCUUCACCCUCCUCUUCUGUCACUUCCUCUACUUACGCUUCUCCUACAUUAGCUUUUCAAUCAAGACACUCGUCCAUGUCUACCCUAGACUUGAAAGAACAAGAAGAAGAAGAAGCAAGGGUUGUGGAAGGCACUUCCAGUGAGCAUACCAGUCGUAGUCAUCCUAAGAAAACUAACAGCAACAACAACAAUGCAUCCUCUUCAUCCACCACGACCACCACGACCACCACCACCAUGAUAAAAGAGGAUACUAGGAAGGAUAUCGAGGAAGGUGUCUUUUCAGCUCCACCUCUCCAUUUUUUGAAACAAGCCAUCACCGGCAGCAACCAACAAAAGAAAAACCACAGAAAAUCACUUCGUGAAGAAGCAGCUGCUUUAUGGUUUCAAUGCGAGACCUUAAAAACCGAAAUUGCUCAAACCAAGGCUCGUCUUCAAAAAGCAAAUGAAAAUGCCGACUUUUAUAAGCGCCAACUAGACAUGAAGACUCACGAGCCCGAGAUAGAAAGGGCCAAGGACGAAGCAGCUGCUCUCUGGUUUCAGUGUGAAGCAUUAAAGACAGAAGUCGCUCAAACCAAUGCUCGUCUUCAAAAAGCAACUGAAGACAUUGAUUUCUAUAAACGUCAAUUGGAACAAAAGAGUGACAUGGUAGAGAAGCAUCAGCAACAACAGGAACAAUGGCAACAGCAACAGCAACAACAACAACAACAACAACAACAACAACAAAGCAAGGCCGCUACUGAGGAUCUCGAUGAAGCUGCCAAGCUCUGGUUCCAAUGUGAAGCAUUAAAAACAGAAAAUGCUCAGAUCAAUGCUCGUUUAAAGAAGGCUUUGGAUGACAUCCAAUUCUAUAAGCGCCAGUUAGAAACAAAGAGGGAAGUGAUUGAACAAAAACAGCUAGAACAACCCAACCAUCAUCUGGACGAAGCAGCUUCUCUAUGGUUCCAAUGCGAAACCCUCAAGACCGAAGUCGCUCAAAUGGGAGCUCGUUUGAAAAAAGCCAAUGAAGAUGUGGACUUUUAUAAGCGUCAGUUGGAAGCUGCCAAGGAAGACAAAGCUCGGUCUGUGGUCCCUUCCAUCAACGACAACAACAACAACAAGAACCGUUCGAUCGAUCAAGAGGACGUUGUCAGUAAAGAUGAAGCAGCUAAACUUUGGUUCCAAUGCGAAUCUCUCAAGACGCAAAUGGCUCAAAUGGAGGCUCGUCAUAAGAAAACAGUCGAAGAUGUACAAUUCUAUAAACGUCAACUAGAACAACAAAAAACGACACCUCCACCCCACCCUCAGCCUUCACAACCGCUCCAACAAGAUGCGUCAUUGAACUCAAACAAUGAGAAUGAUGUUGUCAGUAAAGAUGAAGCAGCUAUGCUUUGGUUUCAAUGCGAAACUCUCAAGACGGAGGUAGCUCAAACCAACGCUCGCUUGAAAAAGGCCCAUGAAGACGUACAAUUUUACAAGCGUCAAUUGGAAUCAAAGAAAGAAGCCACUGUUGUUAUUGCGACGAAAGAGCAAGGCCGACAAGAACAAGAACCCAGCCAUCCUUCUCUUGAUGAGGCCGCUUCUCUUUGGUUUCAAUGCGAAACCCUUAAAACUGAAGUGGCUCAGUUGGGGGCGCGUCUAAAGAAAUCCAAUGAAGAGGUCGAUUUUUAUAAGCGUCAGCUAGAAGCGAAACGUGACAUGCUUGCUGCUCCUUCGACUGUCGUUCGUCACCAACGUAACAGCAGCCAUGCUGAUCAAGCCAACUCUACUGCUCCUGUCGACCUGGAUGAGGCCGCUAAAUGGUGGUUCCAAUAUGAAAGCCUUAAAACGCACACUGCUCAAAUCGAAGCUCGUCUCAAGAAGGCCAAUGAAGAUACAGAAUUCUAUAAACGUCAAUUAGAAAUGAAGCAUGAAGCAGCUCAGGAAAGCGCUGCUCAAAAGUCUUCUGCUGCUCAAGAUGAAGCGGCCGCCCUUUGGUUCCAGUAUGAGACAAUGAAAACCCAACUUGCUCAAACAGAAGCUCGUUAUAAAAAGGCAAAUGAUGAUGCUGCAUUCUAUAAACGUCAACUGGAAUCAAAAUCUACUACCACCGUUGCGGAUCCUUCUCUGCUUCAAGACAAGGAAAAUGAAAUUCGUCAAUUGACCGAACUUAUUCUAAAGCAAGAUCAACUCAUGGCUGAAUAUGAAAGCAGCUUGAACCAUUAUCAGGGCGUGUCAUUGCCUGAUGCCUUAGAAACGAAGAAUGAACCCAACGAAGCCAAGGCCCUUCGUCAAGAAUUAGUUGCUUUAAGAACACAAAAUCAAGAGCUGGAGGAUGCUGUUACUGCUUUGCGCGCUGAUUUAGAAAUGAGCCAUACUCAAAUGCGUCUAAUGAUGACCGUUUCUACAGAGAUCCAGGAUGAAUUCGAUGCCUACAAGAACCAAAUGGAUGAACAUUUCAACAAAUGGUCGAACAAUAAGAAGCAAGAUAGAUCAAUGAUGCCUACUUCUGCUAUUGCUGCUGCUGCUGCUGCUGCUGACGUUGAGUCUAAUGACAAUAUUGCUGAACUAAAGGAAGCACUUGCUGCUAAAGAUUCGACUCUCAACGAACUUCAACAACAAUUAGCUGCUCUCAAGGAUGCGAUCCAUACAAAAGAUAAAGCUCUGACGAAUAUGGACACUCAAAUCAUGGAACUGACACAAGCCAUCCUUGAAAAGGAUGUUCUCCUGAUGGAACAGGCGAAUAACCUCAUUAAAAACAAUAACAACGACAACAACAAAAGAAAUUCUCGACCCAGUGAAUCUGUAAGAGCUAUCGACACAUCCAUUCCAACCUACUCUGAUAAUGACACUUUCUACAGCUCCCGUAGAAAUCAGAGCAAUUCUACUGUCAGCAGCUUCUCUCCAUCUCAUCAUUAUCGUUAUUCAUCAUCAUCUGAAGACGGCGAAGAAGAUGACACAGAGAUCCUUCAUAUGGACUUUAGUGACGACGGUCUAUCCAGUUUACACCAAGCUAGCUACUAUCAUCACAUAUUGGACCAUGAUGAUGCUAGUACUGACCUUCAAAGUCCUUCUGAUACAGCUACUUCAAGCAUUAGUAGCACUAUCAGCUUUGAUUCUUCCGAAGGUGAAGAGGAAAAAACUGCAGAGGUCAGACAUUUCUCUUACAACUCGACCCCCUCUCAACAUCAUGAUCGCCUUUCCCUCCCCGGUAGUCAAGGCAUGAUGGAAGGUGUGAACCGUCCUUUAAGCAGCCCUCCUCAUACUUCUACUCUUUCUCCUUCCACUACUCAUACUGCCACUACUACUACUACUACUAUUACUGCUGCUGCUGCUGCUCAUUUCAAUGUACAUAAUAAGGAGUCUACUUCAGGUGCAAGCUGGUCUUUACCUCCUCCCACUCCCCCACCCACCGAACCGCUGCCACCCAUUCCUCCAUCGGAGGAAAAUACCCAAACCAACACUACUGCUGCUGCCAAAACAAACUUGCCCCCUCAUUGUUUAGCCACUCCUGCCGCCACUCCUCCUGUAGAAAAGGAAUACUUUCUCAGCACUCCUCAAACUCACUGUAGACGUCCGAGAUCGGGCACCUUAGUUCCUCAUCCACAAUAUCAUCCACAACGACGACAACAGCAACAAGAAGAUCCCAUUGUUCGUUAUGAGACCCAAUUCAAUUUGAAUCUUCCUUCUGACAAGUCGACUUCACUGAAGCAGCAAGAAAAUGAAAAAGACAGAGCACCCAUCCCACCUCCACGAAGAGACAUCACCAACAGAAGCAGCAGCUCAUUUAAAAAAGCCCAUACCAGCUGGAUGGACGAUCCUGAAAGUGAUGAUGAAGAUGUCUGGUGUGAUACGUCCUCAAAACCUACUGAUUGGAAUACAGCAACCGUCCCCGUCUUGUAAUACUUCCCUCCCCUCCCCUUUCCCCGCCUACCCUAUAUCUCUUUCUUUAAUUAUAUCAUCAUUUUAACUUAUUACCCCCCGAACAUCUCACCCUUCAUAAUGUACACACAAAUAUCACACAAAUCUCUCACAACACUCACACAACACUCACACAAACACACCCACCCUCACACAUUCACACACAACCUUUUUUGUAAUCUUAGAGCAUUUUUCUUUCAUCAAUGGAUUAUUCAUAAUAUUCCUGAUUUGUUUUAAUUUUUUUUUUU